AUGUUGCUCGUUGUUGUACUUCUGUUUGGAGUGAGCCUGGCUCAGCGCCCGAGCAAUGCUUCAACAUGUGACUACUAUGCUCAGAACCUUUACGGUGCGAACAACAGCCAAACCCAAAACCAGCUCGUGCAACACAUCGUUGCGCUCGCUUUUGGUGGAGCGCCGUUGAGUAACACCAAUAUCUCAUCCGAUAUAACAGGGAUCCUCAAUCCUGGCACCUUCCAAGAUCUAAGCGUAGAUCUUGCUCCUUGGUUCAAUGGUGUAAUUGACUCUACCAAUCUCAACGAUCAGGCAGUGGGCAUCAAUUGGCUAGAUGAUGGGGGACUUGACCCAUUACAUAGCUACCUCAACGGCUCAACAUCCAAUGUCAUGUUGACAAAUACGACCAACCAGUAUCGCCUUUUUGCACAUUUCUUCCAGGCCUUCAGUCACAUUUUCGGCUGCUCAGAUCCGCCAGCCCCACCUCCCUCCAGCAGUGGCAGCAGUGGUCCCCUCAGUCUUGCGUACGUCCAUAAAUACAUGAACCUCAAUUACACCGACCUCGGCCACUUCAUCAAUCAGCUUAGCAUGGCUACUACAAACUACGGCUUCUCAGACCAAGACAGCCAGACUUUAAAUACAGACCUGAACGGCAUGUACAAUGUCCGCUGUGCACCGCCUGUCACAGAGAAUCCAGCUCAAGGACCUCAAUUACUCUCAUUGUGUCAAGCUGAUACCUGCCCAUUAGCUGUACCUAAUGCGGAUUGUGCUGCUUAUGUCAACCUUACAGCCAACGGCAUUGCAGCCGGUGUCUCAUCUUCGCAGGAUUCUUCUGCGGCCACACCCACGCCCUUUAUCCCUACCACAAUAUCAUCCACAUCCUCUCCAACAUCCUCAGCGAGCAAAGAGCCAACAUCAACGGCUAGCAAUCCAUCCACGACCGCAUCUAAGGCGACACUAAGUCCGGGCGCCAUUGCGGGUAUCGCUAUUGGCGGAGCUGCGGUGCUUCUCGCUGCAGUCGUAGCAGUUGUCCUCUUGCUCAGAAGGCGCAGACCGGUGCAACAGACGCCGUAUCCUACCACGCCCAUGUCCCUUGCGUCUCCGCCCGGGGAGCAGAAGUUUCCUUCAUUCACGUCUCAGAUGCACAGUCCGCCGCUGGACCAACGUUUUGCUUCGUUCACUUCACCAACGCUGAGUCCGACUAUAGCUGAGAUGGAUAGCACACACGGGGGACUUGGCGAAGGCUGGCAUUGA